GGAAUUUAUGUUUCUUUUCCCAGGAUGAUGGAUGAUUCAAAAACUCACUGGGCAGAUUUGAUUUCAAAAUGGGGCAGUAAACUGCCCGGUUUGUCUGAGGAGGAAAUUAAAGAAUUCCAGACGGCUGCCAAAGCCGGAAACCUCUCAAAAGCCAUUUAUGUGGUGAAGAUGUCUGAUGACGUAUUAAGAAAUACCAAACUCAGCAUCGCCAUCACAGGGAACUCGGGCUCUGGGAAGUCAUCUUUCAUCAAUGCCAUAAGGAGCUUGAAUGAUGAUGACAGAGGGGCAGCCAAGACUUGGGUGAAAGAAAUGACAGACAAGCCAACUGCUUAUCCCCAUCACAUAUUCCCAAAUGUCACUAUGUGGGACCUUCCUGGAAUUGGAACAAUGAAGUGUCCAGCAGAAAAAUACGUAAAAGAUAUGAAAUUUGAUCAGUAUGAUUUCUUCAUCAUCAUCACAGCCGGACGCUUCACAGAGGCUGAUACCAAACUUGCCAAAGAAAUCAGCAGGAUGGGGAAGAAGUUUUACUUUGUCCGUACCAAGGUAGAUGUGGACUUGGAUAAUGAACAAAGAAAAAGAGAUUUCAGCAAGGAGAAAACUCUACACAUAAUCAGAAGUGACUGCAUGGAGCAGCUACAAAAAGCAGGCAUCAGCUCCCCACAGGUUUUCCUGGUGUCGAGAUGGCACUUUGACAAGUACGAUUCUCCAGAACUCCAGGAGACUUUGGCGAAUGAAAUCGACAUUCAUAGGAGACAUGUUCUUAUCUGUGCCCUGCCCAGCACUUCUGAAAAAAUCUUGAAAAAGAAACAGAAGGCCCUUCACGAACAGAUCUGGAAACAAGCCCUGAAGUCGUGCGCUGUUGCUGCUGUUCCUCUCCCAUUUCUCUCGGUUAAGUGCGAUGUCGACAUCUUGAUGGAGAACAUGAGAGAGUAUUGCCAGUGCUUUGGCCUGGAUGAUGAUUCCAUCAAAUCACUUGCUAGGCAGGUUGGGAAGUCUGUUGAUGAGCUCAAGUGUGUGAUAAAGUGCCCUCUGGUCAAAGAUAUAACAAGAGAUGAGGUUUUGAAGCGGCUCAGAGAGGCUACAGGGGAACGUAUGAUGACAGUUAAAUAUUUUAUUAGUGUGGUACCACUGAUUGGUUCUGGGAUAGCGGCAAAGAGAUCUUACAGUGUCACCUAUGAAGUGCUACAUACGUAUUUGGAUGAAGUUGCAGAAGAUACUCAACGAGUCCUGAAAAAGGCUUUGGAAGGAGCAGAGAAUAACUAA